AUGAUCAAUUCUGAUAGUAAUCCAUUUGAUGAAGAAGCACUUAAUACUCUGGUGGAAGCUCAAAAUCUGUAUAACUCUAAAGAAGUACAACUACAUACUUUUACGAAACAAAAAUCAAGAACAAAGUGGAUUAAAGAUGGUGCAGCAAAUACUGGAUUUCUACAUGCUAAUCUCAAAAUUAGACAAGAAAGAAAUAUUAUUAGUGAAUUGGAAGAUGCUAAUGGAGAAAUUAUCUCUGAUCAGAAGAAGAUAGCAGAUGAAUUAGUAAAUCAUUUUGAACAGAAGUUUAAAUAUCAGGCAGUUGAAAAGGUUGAUCAUAUUUUAAAUGAUAUUCCAGAGGUGAUUACAAAAGAAGACCACGAAAUGAUUGAAGCCAUUCCAAGUGAAGAUGAAAUUAAAGCAACAAUCUUUGCUAUGGAUCAGGACAGUGCUCCAGGUCCAGAUGGUUUUUCAGGUUGUUUCUACAGGGCUUGUUGGAAUAUUAUUAAUCAAGAUGUAGUUGAAGCUAUUCAAUUUUGCUGGAAAAGGAGGUUCAUUCCUAAAGGACUUAACUCCAACUUCUUAGUGCUUCUUCAAAAAACUAUUGGUGCUAGAAAUACUAAUCAGUUCAGGCCAAUUGGCCUGAGCAAUGUCAUGUUCAAAAAUUUUACUAAGAUUUUGUCCACAAGAAUUGGCCAACUUAUGCACAAAUUGGUUUCUCCUCAACAAGUAGCAUAUGUGAAAGGUAGAUGUAUUCAAAAUCAGAUUUUGCUAGCUUCUGUGUAA